AUGGAACUUCUACCAAAACCUCCCAAAUCCUCCAUUGACACCAGCAUGGACAGGGUCGCCAUACCACGCGCCGGUCCCCUACCGCCUCCAGCAACCCGUCGGCGAGUGGAACGCGCCUGCCAGGCUUGCCGCGAUCGCAAGAUCCGUUGCGAUGGCGAAAGACCAGCAUGUAGCCAUUGUCUAAAUACGAAGGUCAAUUGCGUCUAUCCCUCGAACCGGCGGGAGAAAGACAAGGACGCGCUCCAGCAGCUCAAGAGCCAAAAUGAGCAAUAUAAAUCUUUGUUGGAGAAGAUUGCGGGGAGGGUGGGUUGUAUAGCGGAGGAUAUUGACCAGGUGCUAGGUCCCGAAGCGAAGAAAAGGAAACGCUCUCCUAGUCCUGGCCGCAAAGAAAGCUUCUCUUCAGGCUCGUCAACAGGGUCCCUAGACGCCUUAGAUGUUGUAGACGAAGACAUCAACAGAAACCAAGAAAGCAGAGCAACUGGGUUUGUAGGGAAAAAUUCUGAGGUUUCCUGGUUACAGAGUUUGGACAUCGAGGCUGAGAGAGUUAAUCAUCCAGGUCAUACCCACGGCAGAAGGAGCACCUCAGGAACGUCGCACGACAACCAUAUCGCGUCCAAGUCAUACCAUGCAGAUGAACGGCCCAUAGCUGUUGAGUGUGAAGGAUUGAACCCGUAUGACAUACCGCCGAAACACACGGCCGACGUGUACUACAACAUAUAUUUCAGCUUCGUUGAUGCCCAUUUCCCUAUCGUUCGGAAAUCGCUUUUCACGGUUCAAUAUGAGCGGUACUAUACGGAGCCCUUCCUUAAACCGGGGAAGAAAUGGCUUUGUGUUUUGAAUUUGAUCUUUGCUAUCGCGUCUCGGUACUGCGCGUUUGUUGGGAAUUACGUGCCCGAUGGGUCCGAUGAUAGGAUAUUCUUUUCCAGAGCGAAAAUGCUCAGUGCCAACGACAAUAUCAUCUAUGCUCAUCCAGAUCUUCAGCAGGUACAGAUUGAAGCGUUGUUGGCUUUCUAUUUUCUGAUACAAUCACAAGUCAACAGAGCGUGGAAGAUGAUACGCAUUGCAUCGAGCUCAGCAAUUGCUCUUGGAAUCAACAUGCGCAAUGUGGAUGACAAGACCGACAUCGUAUCUAAAGAGUCACGGUGCCGUCUUUGGUGUUCAAUCUUCAUGCUCGAACAUUCUCUCACAACCAUGACUGGUAGGGCUUCAAGCUUGGAUGAGUCGUUCUCCGUACAUGCACCUGUUCCGCUCACUGAAGGCUCGUUCUCAGACAGUGCCGCGUCUUUGUGUCUUAGUGAUGAAUCGGAGCGCGAGAAGAUCGCAAACUGGACUUUAUUCGAGACCGAGCUACAGACCAGAGCCCGUUCUGAGCGACUCCGGUCAAUCAGACCGAACCCGUCCCUUUAUUUUUCCUAUCAGAUGGAUUUGUCACUAAUAGCAAGUACCAUCACCAGUCGUAUCUACGGGGUCCAUGCCUUGCGAGACGGAUGGGACCAGGUAAAAAAUGCGAUCAAGGGUUACUCCAAAAAGUUGAACAGAUGGGUAUCUACUAUUAAUGCCUUAUUUGCUUUUGCCGAUGGCGAUGGCGAGCUGCUCCGCGGUCCUUCAUCACGCGAAAAAACCAGCCUCGCCCUGCACUUCUACAGCACUUGCAUCCUAAUAAACCGCCCGUGUCUCUCACGCCCAGGGCUCAGAGAGCACGGUGGUGUCCGGUUUCCUAGGAGUCGCUUCGGAAACGAUACUGCGCUUACUUGCGUCCGCUCUGCACUCCUACUCCUUGCCGUUCUACCAGACGAGCCCGAUGAGGGGUGGUUCUAUACAAUAUCCCCAUGGUGGACGAUGCUGCAUUUUAUCAUGCAAGCAACAGCAGUCCUCCUCAUCGAUCUCACCGUGGGUUCUGUGCCCGUGAAAACAGAACUAGGCCACGAAGAACAACCCGAAAGAUGCCCACAUUCCACCGGCACAGCCCUCUCCAGCUGCAAGAAAGCCAUCCGCUGGCUCCACCACAUGGCAAACCACGACUUCGCCUGUAAACGCGGCUUCGAACUCUCCGUCAAUUUUCUCCGUCGCAUUGCAUCGUCCAAGAACCUCGAUCUCGAAGGCGUGCCGCUUCCAGCGCUGUUACCGCCAGAUGAGUCGAGUGGUUCUCGAAGGUCAUCUACUCCACAGCUGGCUUCUGCGAGUUCGAACCAUGAAGGUUUCGGAGGCAGUACUUCGACGACUCCUGGGUCUGGGAUGACGUGGCCGAGGGAAUUGUUCCCGUUGAAUCUUGCAGAGGAGCCGGAUAUGGCUUGGUUUUUGUCUAUUGCUGAUUUACCAGAGCCGCCUAAUACAUGA